GAACAAUAAAAACAAAAUUGCUUGAUGGAUUGUUGAUGAAUACAAGUACCGUUGCUCGUUCUUGCUCACCUGUUCCCCCAGUCGUUUUUGUGCUCAAAGUGAGAUGCAACUCCCACAACUACAGCAGAUUGAAUGAAAAACAAGUUCCUCUUCCACGUCGUCCUCAACCUCAACUCGCUGUCGUCCAUUCCGUUCGUCUCUGGUGUCGUGUUUUGCAAGAUCAAGCUGACCGAUGGCGGCAAGUUCCGCGAGCUGUCCACCAGACAAAACAUUCGCGACCAUGCGACCAACUGGGAGGAGCGCUUCGAGUUUGACUGCGCGACGGUCGCCAACAAGCAGGGUCUGCUCGCGUCCCGGAUGGUCAAAAUCUCCGUGCGCAAGGAAAGACAAGGCGGCAAGUCAUUCGAGAAACUGGGCUACGUCCAGGUUGAUUUGGCGGAAUUUGCAGGCGCCGGCUCCACCGUCCGAAGAUACAUUCUGAAUGCUCACAACAGUGCGACACAACGCCAGGACAAUUCAAUUUUGACAAUUACGAUGGCAUUGACGUUGAAAUCCGGAGACCCAUUAUUUAAAGCACCACGUCCGCCAGACCACGCCUUCAGCAACCCGACCAUGGCUGGUUUGAUCAACGACAACAUUAGCGAGAAAAGCGGCGACACUCUACCGCGGGCGGCAGGAGCACCAAUCGCAGCGGCAUUAGCCGAAGUGCACGCUCUGGAGAGACUUGGCCAUGUUCGUACACCUUCGGACGAUCUGGUGCCAGCGCAAAUCGAAAAGUCGCGCAGAGACGCGCGCGCCGUCGUGGACGACAUCUUCAACAGCCUGAUCACGGACGCGGCCGACGAGAUUGACUACGAUCCCGACGCACAGCCAGCGCUGAACUUGUACGUCUCGAAUGACGGCACAGCGUCGCUGUCCAACCGGCGAGGCGACGGCCGAUGAGCAAUGCACAACAACAGCAGCGAGCACAUGGAAAUAAAAAAGUGGACAAA